AUGUUAUUACAUGAGUAUCGAAUAUGUCUACCAUUUACAGUUGAAGAAUAUCAUAUUGGACAACUUUAUAUGAUAUGUAAACAUUGUGAAGUAGAAUCAAGUAAAGAUGAUGGUGUAGAAGUUGUACGGAAUGAACCAGUCACUAAUGAAGAUGGUGUAGUUGGUCAAUUAACAGAAAAACGAAUAUACCUAUCAAGUCGCUUACCAACAUGGAUGCGUUCCCUUAUUCCAAACGUAUUUUAUAUAACUGAAAAAGCAAGCAAUUUUUAUCCGUAUACAAUAACUGAGUAUACCUGUUCAUUUUUACCACGCUUUUCAAUUAUUGUUGAAACUCGAUAUGAAGAUAAUAACGGAACUACAGAAAAUUGUCAUCAACUAUCACCUGAUGAAUUAGCUGUUAGAAAAUUAGAAUAUCUGGACAUUGCAAUCGAGCCAGUACCAACUUAUAAAUAUAAGGAAAGUGAAGAUCCAUGUAAAUUCAAAUCAGAAAAAACAGGACGUGGCCCAUUAAUGCCUAAUUGGAGAGAAUAUAUAAAACCCAUUAUGUGUGCAUAUAAAAUUAUUCGAGUACGUUUUGAAGUUUGGGGAUUUCAAACACGUGUUGAAGAUUUUACUCAACGUGCUGUACGUGAUAUUCUAAUACUUGCACAUCGACAAGCAUUCACAUGGAUGGAUGAAUGGUAUGGUAUGACUAUGGAUCAAGUUCGAGAAUAUGAACGUGAAAUGUUCGAACGGACAAAUAAAAAAGUUCUACCAACACCUACAUCGACAGCGAAUAAUACUACUGAUUAA